GCCAAAAACAAAACAAACUUAAAACACCGUGCUGCGUGCAUCGGAACGUGCCAGCCGCAGCGGAACGCGCCAGCCGCAGCGGGCAUGCGCACUAGAGGCAGCGCACUGCGCAUGCAUAAAGAUGGCGGGACUCGUGUUCUGAGUGCCAUAGAUCAGCGUGCUUCCUUUCCGCGAGCGUUUCAGCUCCCAGGGGCGUGCGGCAGCGGUGCACCAGUCUGAGGUCCGGCCUAGCCACGUUGAGCAUCUCAUCACAACAGGGGCCAGGUUCGUGCUUGUCCCGCGGGACCGGUGUGUUGGAAGCGGUGCCCGACUUGAGUGGGAGAAGGCGGGAGAGCUCGUGCAGUGCGAGGUGAGGGCCAGCCGGGCAGCAUGAGUCAGCAGCAGCCUGCCUGGGAGGCACGCAGCUUGCAUGUGGACCAGGUGGAGGAGAAGACGGUGUGCGGUGAAUCCAAAGACUCCACCCGCAUGGAGGACCCGCGCGGAUUAAAAGUAAGCUUUAAUUUAGAAGAUAGUGCGCAACAGGUGUCCAUGAAAAAAGGCCCCAAAAUGAAGAUACCUCGAUGUUAUGCGUCCCUGUCUCGUUUAACUCAAAGAUUUAUGGCACUUCUCAGAUCUAGUCCUGGAGGUGUUCUUGACUUAAAUAAAGCUUCAGAAGCACUGGGCGUACGAAAACGAAGAGUGUAUGACGUCAUCAGUGUCUUAAGUGGAAUCGAGCUGGUUGAAAAAAAAUCUAAGAACCAGAUUCAGUGGAUAGGACCUGAUCUUAGCUAUUUGGAAAUAGGGCCCGAACAGAGGAAGCUGCAGGAGGAACUUUUUGACUUAUCAGAGAAAGAAGCAGCUCUGGAUGAAUUAAUUAAGGAUUGUUCUCAACAGAUGUUUGAGUUAAUAGAGGACAGAGAAAACAAAGAUCUAGCAUAUGUGUCAUAUCAAGAUAUUCAUAGCCUUGAAGCCUUCCAUGAACAGACUAUAUUUGCAAUUAAUGCUCCGGGGGAAACCAGCUUGGAUAUUUUGUAUCCCAACGAUGAAUCUGUUGCAGUAUAUAUGAAGAGCACCCAAGGGCCCAUCAAUGUUUAUAUAUGUCAAAUGACGCAGCAGGAUGUCUCAUGUUAUGAAACAUCGGAUGGUGUAGGAACCUUUUCAUCCGAAAGCACACAGCCAGAACACCCUCACCGUGAGAAAGAAGAAUAUCCUCCAGAGCAGAGUGAAGAAUUGCUUGAAGUGAAAACUAAUGGCAUUGAAAUAGACAUCUUGCCUCCUGAAAUUACUCCAUCACACAGAGUAUCACUGAAACUGUUGGGCAGGCUGGAUGGACAGCUGUUUGUGGACUCUGCCCUUUGCUGCUUGGAUCAGGUGUUUUUAUCACAAGAGAAACUGCCUUAAUAUGGGUUAAUGCAUGCAUCUGGACAUGAUGUCUUUGUGUAUAUUUGUGUAAUGUUUAGAUUGCUUAUGAAGUAUUUCAAAGUGAGACUUUUUACCCUUGUAUAACCAAAAUAAUGUCUAUGUGGAAAGUAUCAGACAUACUAUCUAAUUUCUCUGUUCUUUAUAACUGACUAGAACCCUCUGAAUGAGGGUUAGAGAAGAGUUUUUUCCAAAAUUUUAUAUGCAGAGUUAUCAUAAAUAUGCUGUAUUUUUAAAGUUUGUGGAAUUAAUUAUUGUAUUUCACUGCAGUUCCCAGUGCUAAAAUUGGACUUCAAGGUCCCUACAGAUUGAUUGUGUUGGAGCAGACUGGUGGCAUGCCCCAGGCUUUGGGGGCAAGUGUAGAAAUGCCAUCAGAUCAUGGCUUAAUAAUUCCUUACAAGAUGUGAAUUCAUGGUGACAAUUGAAAACUAUUUUAACCUUUAAAAAAAUUUUUAAAGUUUACUGUGGACCAUUGUUAAAGUCUAUUGAAUUUGUUAUGGUAUUGUUUCUGUUCUAUGUUUUUGGUUCUGUGGUCUUAGCUCCUCAACCAGGGAUUGAACACACACCCCUGCAAUGGAAGGCAAAGUCUUAACCACUGGACCACCAGGGGAGUCCCCUAUUUUAACCUUUUUUGCAAGCAGAUUCUGUAAUAUGUUUCUGCAUGUAGCCUUGCUCUUCAGUCAAAGGGAUUUACUUAUGAUGACCUAAUGGUACCCUGCCCUCUCUCCAGCUCUAGUUAAUCAUUUCCAAAUACCUAGUAUUUCUGCUUCAUUAGGUAAAGCAUGUACCACUCUGUGCCUCAGUUUACUCAGUAGUUUACCAUUAGACUGUGAGCUCCUUGAGGGACUUUGUCUUAUUGUUAAGCCCAUUGCCUUGCACCAACAUCUGGCACAUAAAAAGUGCUCAAUAAAUGUUUGAACAAAUCAGUGAGUGAGUCAGUGAAUGGUAAACUUAGACUAAUAAUAUUUGGCUUAUGGAGCAUAACAAGGUUCUUGUGUCAUUCAAAUUCAUAUCUUAAGCUUCUCUUGCUUUCAAAGAAAGAAUUGAAGCAACAUGAAAUUAAGACCAUGUAUAAAAAGAGCAUAAGAAUCAAAAAUCAAAAUAUUGGAAGAUAAUACCGAGCAUUUAGGAGUUGCACACCUGUGAGCUCCAGUGACUUUUGCCAGUCUUGCCCCUCUGCUGAACACCAGCCUCCUCCCUACUGGUGUAGCCCCUGCCGACUGCCUCUGCCAGUCUGGGACUGCUCAUUGUGCUCCUUGGGCACAGGUGACGAACAUGAGAGUUUUAGCAGAAGGUCUGUGUAUCGGUCAGGUGCUCCUUGGACAGGGCCGGGCUGUGCAUUGUAGAGUUGGCAGCUGUCACUUAUAUGUGAUGGCUAACCAUGACAGUGGAUGAGGUCACCUCAUAAGAGGGAAGGAGAAGAGGAGAGGCCCGUUAACAUUUAUUUUAAGGGAAGAGACAGAAGAAAAAGCCUUUCCUGAGAGGGAAUAAUGAGAGGAAGGGGAAAAACAACUGAAGAAGGUGGUGCUCCCCAAACCAACAAAGGAAGCAUGGCCACAAGUGAUAGCAUCCUUUCGAAGCAGCAGUUUCUUACUUGUGACAUAUGACACUCUACUUUGCAAAGUGUUCAGAGUAAAAUGAGAUCAUGUAAACUUGUAAAUAACCUCAAAGGGCCUCCUGUCUCUUUCCUCUUCAGAUCCACCAACUUUCCCUUCGUGUUGCUGUCAGUGUGUUGAUCUGGUUCAGCUCACCCCUACUCCCUUCUACUUCUCAGCUUUAAUGUGCGAAAGAAGCUUUCCAGUCUUACAGCCAGGCUCAUGGAUGAGGGAUGAGUAAAUUAAUCCUUGUUAAGUCUAAGGGAGCUGGGGCUCCCUUAUAGGUAAAACAGAAGUUGUGAUGCAUCAUCUUGGUCAUGUUUUGUUUCUUAAGUUUAUGAGUUUGACUUCUGCAUAAAUAAUAUCUUACUAUCCUUAAUAUCCACAACAAUUAUGUCAGAUAUUGAAUAGCUACCUGAACUAUCAAAUAACCCAAAUAUCAGUAGAAAAUAAUUUAGGAUAUUUUGUUAUAGCUACUCAUUCAUGCUUCUCUAAAUGUGUAUAUCUGUCAGGUGUAUGAGUUUCUGUAACUCCAUUUUGUUUUCAAGAUUUUGGAUCAUUUUUAUUAUCGUUAUUCUAAAUUCUUUUUCAGGUAGAUUCCCUAUC